AUGUGGGGAGCGGCGGCAGAGCCAGCAGAUUCUUAUUACCAGAUUCGCCCUGAGUGCACCGAUGUCCCCAAUACCAGAUUCAAGAUCAAACCUGGCAAAACUCUUAGUGUGAGGAAAUGGCAGGCUGCGUUUACACAGGAAGGAGUCCUUGAUAUUGGCAAGACUCUUGGUCGUAUCCAACGUGGGGGGAUCCAUCCAUCUAUUAGAGGAGAAGUGUGGGAGUUCUUACUUGGUUGUUAUGAUCCAAAGAGCACAUUUGAUGAAAGAGAGCAAAUCAGACAACGUAGAAGGCUGCAGUAUGCUUCUUGGAAGCAGGAAUGUAAACAAAUGUUUCCAGUUAUUGGAAGUGGUGGAUUCAUCACCGCACCUGUAAUUACCGAGAAGGGUCAACCCAUUCUUGAUCCUCUUGUACUACAAGAAACAAAUCUAGGGGAGGAUUCUGAUUUCUUCAAAGAGCUUGAAAGCAGAGGACCUCUGGACAAGAAAGUUAUCCAAUGGAUGCUAACACUUCACCAGAUAGGUCUUGAUGUAAACCGCACGGAUAGGACAUUGGUUUUCUACGAGAAGAAGGAGAAUCUGUCUAAGCUUUGGGACAUUCUAGCUCUUUACGCCUGGAUAGACAACGACGUUGGGUAUUGCCAAGGAAUGAGUGAUCUUUGCUCCCCUAUGAUCAUGCUUCUUGAAGAUGAAGCUGAUGCUUUUUGGUGUUUUGAAAGAUUGAUGCGAAGAUUGAGAGGAAACUUCAGGAGCACGGGAAGAUCAGUUGGAGUUGAAGCACAGCUUACUCAUUUGUCUACAAUCACUCAGAUCAUUGACCCUAAGCUUCACCAUCACUUAGAGAAUCUUGGUGGAGGUGACUAUCUCUUUGCUAUCCGGAUGAUAAUGGUUCAGUUCAGAAGAGAGUUCUCUUUCUGCGACUCCUUGUACCUUUGGGAGAUGAUGUGGGGGUUAGAGUAUGACCCAGAGAUGUAUUCACUGUACGAGGAGCCUGAGUUCGAGGGAGAGAGAACGGAAGGUUCAUCCAAAGGCAAACCAAAGUCGAUAAAACAAUGUGGGAAGUACGAGAGAGAGAACAUGAAGAACGGUGGGAAAAGCAGCGCAGAAGGUCCAUUGCCUAUAGCGGUUUUCUUAGUGGCGAGUGUUUUGAAAGACAAGAGUUCUAAGCUUAUGACUGAAGCUCGAGGUCUUGAUGAUGUUGUUAAGAUCUUAAACGACAUAACUGGAAACUUGGAUGCUAAAAAGGCGUGUGCUGGUGCAAUGAAACUACACAAGAAGUAUCUAAAAAAGGCCAAGAAAUAGCACUGGAGAAGAGCCAUGAGUAGCGUUUUUUGUAUGUGUUUUUUUACAUACUGUAUUUGAUAACUCGCAAAAUCUGGCGACAAAAAAAUUUCAGAGAUUUAUGAUUCCUUGGGAGACAAGCCUUCAAAAGAAAAAGAAAAAGCAAGAGUCCUACACGCAACAACUUUUCGUUGUACAGUGUUCAUACAGAUCCAUGUUGUAAUAUUUUAUUUAACAAAAACUAUGAUUACCUCUUGGGUUUAAACUACAUUUUUGUAUUUGUCGGAUUAUUAUGUAAAUAAAGAUGAAACAUGUGAACUCCAAUCAGAAA